UAUUAAACUAAACAGUCUUUGAGUCCGCAGAGCAAGUGUUUGAGUCUUAUCAAGAUUUAUAUCAGCUGUAAUCGUCUUGUGUCAAGUUAUGAGCUUGGGUGAUAACAGAUAUCAAAGUCAAAGUUCUAUGUUACAUAUUAUUCGAUCGUGAAACAAAAUAAUAUUUUAAUAAUAACUAUGGUGUCUGGUUUAGUAGCAGGAAGACUUGCACUUGUCACAGGUGCGGGUUCAGGAAUUGGCAGAGCGGCAUGUCAAGUUUUAGCCAGGGAAGGGGCUACAGUGAUAGCUGCAGAUAGGAAUUAUGAUGCAGCAUUGGAAACUAUUAAAGCCCAUACAGCUCUUGCAUCUGGUUCUAGUGCUAUUGGUGACCACUGUGCGGCAGAAGUUGAUGUAUCAGACUCGAAAUCUGUAAAAAAUCUAGUCCAAACACUUUCAAAGCAAUUCAAAGUGCCACCGAGUAUAGUUGUUAACUCGGCAGGCAUCACUAGGGAUAAUUGGAUGCUCAAACUGUCAGAAGAGGACUAUGAUAGCGUACUUAAUGUUAAUCUGAAGGGGUCUUUUCUAAUAAUGCAGGAAUUUGCAAAGCUAAUGAUAGAUGCUUCACUGCCAGGGUCUAUAGUUAAUAUCUCUAGUAUAGUGGGAAAAUAUGGUAAUAUGGGUCAAGCAAAUUAUUCAGCCAGCAAAUCUGGUCUGAUUGGGAUGACAAAGACUGCUUCUAAGGAAUUAGGCAAAUUUAAUAUAAGAGUCAAUGUUAUACUGCCCGGCUUUGUGAACACUCCAAUAAUAGAUUCUGUACCAGAUAAAGUAAAGGAAUCAUUAUUGAAAAUGAUGCCUUUGGGAAGAUUGGGACAACCAGAAGAAAUUGCCGAAGUUAUAAUGUUUUUAAGUUCGGAUAAAAGUUCGUUUGUAACUGGUGCUUCCAUUGACGUCACUGGGGGAUAUUAAAUUAUUUAUAAUUAUUCUAAAAUAAGGAAAUCACGGAAAUCACAGGAAAUGGUGUAAUAGAAACAUAAUUGAAAUGUUUAAUGAAUAUUUGGGUAACUUGUA